UCCCCUCUCCCUUUAUAAACUCCCCGAUGGACAAGUUUCCUCCUCACCGAAUAAAUCCAACCCAGAAGAAAAAUACACAUCCAUCGUCACAAAGAAAGAAGAUAUGGUUAGCAGAUUCCGUCGAACUCUUUCCUUCUCAGCUCCCAAUCCUAUUCGGCCCUCGUCACAGGAGAAAUCCUAUCACAUCAGAUCCACCAGUUUUCCCUGCAGAUCACACCACCCCCUCAUCUCCCAGCUCAAAGACGCCAUCAAUGAGCUGAGAACCUGGGUAUCAUCUAAUCCCCAUCCCCUCUCCCACGGCUUGAAUCGCCUCCAGAGCGUCCACGACUCUCUCGACGAUCUCCUCCAGCUGCCUCGCACUCAGGACUCGCUCCGCCGGCGACCUGAUUGGGUCGACAAGCUCCUCGAAGAUUUCCUCCGUUUCGUCGACGCCUACAGUAUCUUUCGAACCGCUCUCAUGGCUCUCAAAGAGCAACACUUGGCGGUGCAGGUGACUGUUAGAAGGAGAGAUGAUUCCAAUAUCGCGUCUUACAUCAAGGCUCGUAAGAGGAUGGACAAGGAGAUGUCCAAACUUAUAUCUGUCGUCCGAUGCAUCGGGAGGAGGAGGAGGUCUUCGGUGCCACCACCGGCUGCUUCCUUAUCGGACGUCGAUGUUGAGUUAGCUGGAGUCUUUAGGGACGUCAACGACGUCACUGUAUCUGUUUCCAUCUCACUCUUCAAUGGGAUGAUGUCUUCGUCGUCCUCUUCGUCGUUAAAACAUUGGAUGCUGUGGGGAUCGUCGAAGAAAGUGAAGGCUGCAGAGGAGGGAAUCCGAGAAUUCGGGGAAGUGGGAGUGGAGAGGCUGUGCCAGUUGAAGAAACAAGGAGAGGAACAAGUGCGGCUAACGUUGGGAAGAUUGCAGGCUAUGGAGGACUGCAUUGUAGGGAUUGAGAAUGCAAGCGAGAGAGUGUUUCGGAGCCUCAUCAACACCAGAGUUUCCCUCCUCAACAUUCUCACUGAUCGGUAGAGAAUUCGGAAGUUUCGAUCGUGAAGACUGAAGAGAAAUGUACAGUCGUGAUAAUUGAGUAAUGUUUUCUUUAAUUUUAAUCUUAAAUGAAUACCCCAAUUAAUUCUUCCUCGUCACUCUUGAAGAGUUGAGUUGUUGAAAUGACGAUCCAUGGUUUAAUUUGUCAGUUGCCAAAGUGUAACUAAAACUAAAAGCAUGUUAUUUUUGAAAUUAAUAAUGCUGGAUCAUUUGAUUAAGAGUUC